AUGGUGAGAAGUAACAAAGGUCGUCAAAAGAUAGAGAUAAAAAAAAUGAGAAACGAGAACAACCUUCAAGUGACUUUCUCGAAAAGAAGGUUUGGUCUUUUCAAAAAAGCUAGUGAGCUUUGCACUUUGUGUGGUGCACAGAUUUUGAUGAUUGUGUUCUCUCCCGGUGGAAAAGUGUUUUCUUUUGGCCAUCCUAGUGUUAGAGAACUAAUCUAUCGUUUCCAAAAUUUUCACCACAAUUCUCUCAUUCCCCACCAACCAAACAACAACCUACAGCUUGUUGAAUCUCGUCCGGCUAGAAAUGUCCAAUACCUCAACGAGAUGCUCACUCAUAUGCUGGCCAAACAGGAAAAAGCGAAACAUAAUAGAAUGACAUUGGACAGGGUGAAACAAUCAAGAGAACAAAGAGGAAUCCGCUGGUAUGAAAAAGAUGUGAAAGAACUCGACUUGACCGAAACCGACAAUCUGAUUGGUGCUCUUCAAGAUGUAAGGACGAAGUUGGUAAGUGGCAUGUCUCACGAUUCUCAAUUAAAUGUUUCUCAUCAGAAUUACAUGGGAGAAACUGCUGUCUUUGGUGGUGGUGGUAAUGUUGAUGUUGGCGGCAUUGAUUUGUUUGAUCAAAGAAUGAAUACAUUCAACUAUAAUCCAAUCAUGGGUUUUCCUAACCAGACACCAUUGGUUGGAUACAACAACGAUGGAGUUAGUUACAACAUGAACUACAUGUCAAGUUACAACUUCAACGAGCGCUAGAGUCUGAGGCUAGAAGAGCAGCUGCAUCCUAAUCAAUAUUUUCAGUCAUUUUGGCUAUGGUUAC